AUGGCGGGUGACAAUUUUCAAGGUGCAGAAAGUAUGACAAUAAUUCCUCCAACUGCGACCAGUACACUUAUUGGAUGUGUUGCGGUGAGUGCUGCCCGUCUUGCUCUUCUUUGGGAUAUUGGUCUGGAGGAGGAUGCUUGCCUGUGCCCACCAAUUUCAAUUGGGUCACUGUUGCACAGCACGCAUCAUGGCGAAUCAGGCAUUUUACAGCUCGUUACGGCACAGACAAAGGAUGAAGCAAUCGACGAGAGGGGCGAUAGAAGGAUUGAGAAUAGUCAGAGAAACGCCGUUGUUGCACGCAUGCCUUUAAAAGAGACAGAAGUUUACUUUUGUAAUUCGCACCCGCUUCACGCACUAACAUCUGUGGGGCAAGAAUUGGUGCUGAUUGAGAAGGUGGAUGGGAAGGUGCGGGCUCAUGUGCUAUCCACUGAAAUGAAUAUUUUCGAAUCACUGGUUGAAUCUCCGUUUGCAGUUCUUCGUCCUGUCGUGGCUUCCACUUGUAACUCUCUCGCACUUCCGGCGAUGCACCUAAUUCCUGCUGUGGUUCGUUAUGAGGAUCGUCUUCAGUGCAUGGAUACAGGGGCAUUUGAGGAGGGUGUGGAGUUGGCGGCGUCAUGCGCUGAUGGUGCAGACAACCUCUCGGCGUUACUCAUCAAUACGGUGCAAAGUGUGCCCGUGGCCCUCACACUAGGUGGCUUUCAGAUUUUACGUAGUGCGGCUCACUUACAGGGCUAUGCCGCGUCGAGCCUUGUGGAUGAUGCCACAAUGCGAACUGCAGUGGAGCACGCCGCAACCUACACGGAGCUUCCUUUUAGAAACACCUCAUUUUGCAGUUUUUCACGUCGUUUUGUGCAGCAUACCGUUUUGAGGGAUCUUUUAUCACGUAUAGCUUACCUUGUGUGCUCGUACAUUGGGUGGGUGUGUUCUGGUCUAGCGUACAACACGAACCUGGAACUGCCUCGCGUCCGUGUCGUCCUAGAGUUUCUUUCUGCGGCGUACCAUGCGGUGGGCGUUGCUGGACCUCAUGUCGCUUCUAUCGCACCUUGUGUGGGCGAAACUGUCAUAUCCGAUGUGCUGCAGUUGUUGCUUCAGUUUAAGCCAGAGUGGGGCGAGGAGGGGGAAGAUGCACUGUACGCUGUACACGUCGCGAAACGCCUCUGGGCAUGUGACAGGCAUCGUGGAGUGAGGGCGUGUGCGACGUGGUGCAAUCUUUUGGGCCGUCGUUAUCCUUACCUCCAGCACUUUCGAAUUCUACGCGAUCUUGGCGCCGGCCGAACAGCACGUUCUUCUCAAUUUGUGAUCAUGUGUCUGGGGGCAUCCCUCCACCUAGCGAGCCUGCCGACCAGCAUCGCCGUGCCACUUCUUCUUGACACAGGAUUGGAUUCUUGCAGUGGAGGAUUUCUGCACACGGCCUUCACCAACGUGAGUGUGGAGGAUUGGAAAGCGUUGCUCACGAACACGACGCUCAUUGCGAAGGUGUACCGUGUGGCUCUUCUUCGCCGUGUCAUUUAUCCAAGGGACGCCCAUCACGCAAGCGUGAGCGGUUUACUGAUACGGGAAUUGUUUCUCACCGAAUUGGUGGAGCUGGAGCAGUACGUGCGUCUCGCAGGUGGGGCAUCCUCACGCGUCUACCAGGCACUUUCAGAGCUUCGACUCGAGACCCACCUGUUCCUUGCACGCGUAGCGCUAGAUGAGUCAAACGUCGCCGAUCUCUUCCGGUCGCUGGAGGAGGUGUUACAGUGUGCGGCGGAGCAAAAGACGACGGACGUGUACUUGGAGCGGGUCUUGUCGAUUGUCGGAGAGGUGGCGGAGUUGGCCUCCGGCUCGCAGGAGAUAACCGAUGCACUCGUCUCUCUCGCCCACUCUAAUGCGGAGUUAGACGGUUUUCUUGCGGCGAAGUGGUAUUUGUACGCGGCAAGACUACCAACAAGGACGACGUCGUCGCCAGUGGAUGUUGUGCGAUUGCGAGCAGCAAGAGGGCUCUUUCGCUUUCUUUGCAAGCGUCAUGCGUAUGGGCAAGCCGGUCGCAUGAUGACAGACCUCGUCAACGUUGCCCGUUGUUCUGCACCUCGCUCGAGCGCCGUGGAAGCGGUGGUGGAGAUAACUGCGCUUGCACUGACCGCAGUUGAACUGAUUGCGCCCGAUGUACACUUAGCUGCACAGAAUGAAGAGCGAGAACCGUCGAUGCUUGCGGCAUAUGGGUCUACCGCCUAUGCAUAUGCACCGGAGCAAGCGUCUUUAAAAGGACCGUUAAAUCGGAACCAUCUCCCGUGGCUGCGUCGACGGCACUUUCAGGCUUUUUGUGAGAAGAAGUUGCUGGAUGCGAACCAACGCGUGGACUGCGCAGACUUGUGGACGGAAGACCCACCCAGUGGGGCACAAGAGGCGGCUGUAAAAAGAUUUGUGGAGGCGCUUAUUGAGUCGCGUUUUUGGCCAGAGGCCCUUCGUUUUGCAUCCAUGACUGGGUACGAUGUUGGUGCUGUUCUUCAAGAACAUGUGCGAGAUUUGAUAACGUCCACUGACUACACAAGCGACGAGGAAGCGUUGGUGGAGUGGUGUGAGAUGAUUGAUGGAUGUGCAGAGUUCUCGUUGCCGUCAAAUCACUUUGCUCCGUUGAAACGCACGGUGGUUGCGGCACUGUCAUUUGACUUUACGCGGGCGCAUCCUGCUCUCCUUGAAUCCCUAGAGCAGGCGGAUCGUUAUGAGGCCCUGCAGGCAUUGAUGGAAAUUUUUGAGAUACUACUUUAUAGACAAGCGAAAAUGGUAAGGACGAAUACUGUAGGGAAUGAAGAGGAGGCUGAAGCGCCGUCGCCUGCUGCAUUCUCUGAUGCCGGUAGCAAUAGCGACUCCCGUGUUAUCCAGCCCUGGUUGCCUCUAGUGGAGGCGCUGCGGAUUGGCACUGGUGUUCUUACAGACGCUCUGUGCAACGAUGAGGAUGCGUCGAAAAUGAGCGAGGCGUCCAUGACUGCGGGGCUGUUUGACCGUAUGUCUCUCAGGGCACGCGAGUUACUAGAUUCCCCGCUCCUGUUGGAGCGCCUAAGCACGUUACAGGCGGGGCCCACCGCCGACGCCUUUUUGAGGUCUUUUGAAGCGGUAAAGGGUUUUAAGUUGGCUACCGGUGUAGGAUCCUAA